UAUUUUUUAGGUAAUAAUAAAAUUAAUAUUGAAAAGUUAGAAAUGGAAGAAGAGAAAAAAGAAGCUCCUACAUUUUUUUACAAUGAAAAUAAAGAUCCUGAUCCUGAUGAGAAAGGACAUUUCUUUAUUACAUAACUAUAAACUUUGCUUGUGGCUAUAUUUAUCACAGCAAUGAUGCAAUUUUCAAAUCACUUAGCUGCAUACUUGAUUUAUUGCUGCCCAAUGUAUUUCUUUAUAGUUUUUAUUUAAUGGUUCGCUUUCUGGAAACCUGAAGCUGAUCUUACAAUACUCUAUAACAUAUAUAAUGGAGUAAUGUUCAUUGUUUGUUUACCUAUAUUUUUUGGUGUCUUUUUUGCUGUUUUUCACCCAACUGCUUCUUUAGAAUUUAAAUAAGUUUAGAAUUGUCAAUUGGUAGGAUAAUUAAGCAAAUGGAUCGAAUUUAAUGAGAAAUACUCAAUUCUUUACAUUAAUUUUGAAUAUGAAGGUUAGCAAUACUUAGGAUAAGCCUGUGCUUCUAAUUAUAACGAUGCAAAGACAAUUGCUCCAGUUCUUCCUUAUAAAUUCUAUUAUAAAUACGAUUCAAUGGCAUGUGGUCCUCUUGAUGGAAAUAAUACUGCACCAUAAUAUCAUAGAUUAUUAACCUAUAAAGAUUAGAAUUCAACUGAAUUUAAUAGAAAUGAAAGAAUUCUUAGAACUGGAGGUGGUGGUGGCCAUAGCGGUGGCGGUGGCGGUGGAAGUAGCCAUAGCAGCAGUAGUAGCUUUAGUAGUGGCAGUCGAAGUUCAUCUAGUUCUUGUUACAGAGACUAUAAAUGGAGUGAUGUAAAAAUAGCUAGCUGGUUGUGUUAGGACAGAGAUUUUGAUAUAGAAGAAUACAUGUCUCCAAAGUCAUGCUAUGUGAAUUUUUUUAGUGGUAAUAAAGCAUAUUAAAAUGGACAAUAAAGAGCUUUUAUGAGAGAUUCAUAUAAUUUUCCUUUGAUAGCUUAUAAGGAACAUGCAUACUAUCCUCAAGCAGAUUUAGUUUGCUUAAUAUUAUUUAGCUAUUAUAAUUGGAUACUUUCAUUUAAUUCUAUAUUUUAGUACACAGCUAAUUACUUUCUCAAAAAAAUUAGAAGAACCAGUGAAAAGAGAUAGAUAGCUGUCUAGGCACUAGAAUUUAAACCAAAUCCAAACCAAAACCAAAACCCAAUAUAAAUUGAAUAAAUUAACAAAGAAACACCAAUAGUAUUUUAAAUAAACUAACAAUAAGUAAAUCCUAUUGAUAAUGUUGAUUGUAUGCCUUAACCAUAAUAUAUGCAAUAAUACAUAUUACCUUAAGCCUAGUUUGAAUAGCAUUUAAAUAACCCAUAAGUAUAAUAUUUUAAUCCUGUUAUUGCAAUGGUUGGACCCCAACAAUAACUAGAUCAUUAAAAUGAGGAUUAUAUUGUAAAAUAACCUGUAAAAAUAGAUCAUACUUUAUAAAAUCCUAUGCUUUGA